GCUACGGUAUCUGCGUUAGAAUAUCAAGGAUAGCAGCUCUGUGCACUGCGUUUGCAGACAAUAACAAUGCCAGUCGGCCUACCAUCAAACAAGUCCUUGAUCACGAUUGUUCUGGGAUCUUGUCCUGCUUGGUUUCACUGGGUCUUCGUUUCUUGCGCUCAUUUGUUCAUUUGAAUUCAUCAGCUUUGACAGUGCUUUGUUUCUGGUUAGAUGGAUGCAUUUACUGAUGAUCUGGUUGAUUAGGAAGAUGUUCAUCGGUGGUUUGAACUGGGAGACAACAGACCAGUCUCUGAAGGACUACUUCUCCCAGUUUGGUGAGGUCCAAGAGUGUACUGUCAUGCGGGACAGCGCUACUGGUCGCUCUAGGGGCUUUGGCUUCUUGACCUUCAAGGAUCCAAAGACAGUCAACACAGUGAUGGUCAAAGAGCACUACCUGGACGGGAAAAUUAUUGACCCUAAGCGUGCAAUCCCCCGUGACGAACAGGAGAAGACCAGUAAGAUUUUCGUUGGUGGUGUGAGCCAAGAGGCAACGGAGCAGGAGUUCAAGGAGUUCUUUACGCAAUUCGGCCGUGUUAUUGAUGCUACCCUGAUGAUUGACAAAGACACCGGACGUCCUCGCGGGUUCGGCUUUGUGACGUUCGACAGUGAAGCUGCUGUCGAGGCCGCUCUGUCCCGUCCCUUGGCCAUUUGUGGGAAGCCGAUCGAAGUCAAGAAGGCUCAGCCAAGAGGCAAUUUACGCGACGAGGAGGAUCGCAGGAACCGGCGCGGCAGAGAUUUCCGCGAUGGAGGUCAUGGUGGCGUCGAUGGGUCUCAGCAGCAACAGGGAAUGCAAGGGCAGGCGGGUAUGCCUGCAGGCUUGACACCACAGAUGAUGGCACAGUAUUGGCAACGUAUGCAGCAAUAUUUCGCCUUGAUGCAGCAGCAGAUGGCGGUUGCCGCCGCUCAGGGGCAAGGAAUGGGAGCCAUGGGAAUGGGAGCAAUGAACCCGGCCAUGAUGCAGCAGAUGCAACAGAUGCAGAAAAUGCAGCAGAUGCAGAUGGCCAACAAUCAGCAGCAGCAACCGCAGCAGCAGGGCAGCUUGAGCCCUCCCUCGCAAAGCCCAACCCCGCAGAUGCAGAACAUGAUGAACCCUGCAAUGAUGCAACAGAUGCAAAACCAGGUUCAAGGUAACAACAUGGGAGCUAUGCAGGGCCAGAUGGGCAACAACGCUGGCAACAUGAACAUGGGCGCAAACUACCCAGGCGCUCGGGGCGGGCCGGGCUAUAAUGCUCAAGAGCAGCUCGCUUUCGAGCAGCAGAAAUACGAGCAGCAGCAGCAACAACGUCGAGUCAUGGAGUCCCGGGCAUUCUCGCCAUAUCAACAGGGCGGUCCGACAUCGUGGGAGGGCAUGUACGACGAGGUCCCCCAGCCCAAUGUUCCCACUGGUCCUCAAGGCAUGAACCGAGCAGGCAGCAUUGGACGCGGAACAACACCACAGCCGACUCCGAGCGCCGCCCCUGCCAACGCCCCAACGGGCCCUAAAAAUGCUGGAAAGCCCGGUGCGAACUAUCGUGGCGGAGGUCGCGGAGGCCAUCGGGGUUUCCAUCCUUACUCUCGUGGAUAGGGUUGGAGCUCGGGGUCAUUGUCGAUUCUUACUUGCCCUCUCGCCUUCCUUUCUGUUUCAUCUCUCUGAUAUCUGGCUUCCAUUCUCAGUGGCCCUUCUUUUUCCGUUUGUUUCGUAUUUUCCUGUCUUCGCCUUAAAAACAGGUUCGAUCCGAUCUAGGAUAUUUGCUCGGUUUCUCCUCCAAUCUGCGUACCGCAGAGUGGAAAUCUG